AAAGCAGAGGAGGAGCAGCGCCGCGCUUCACUCGACAGCCUCCCACAGCUCCGCAGAGAGGAGCAGCUCCACUCCGGCUCCAUCUCGCCGCCACCUCCUGCCCUUUUUUUUUUCCAAUUUCUUUUUUUUUGCCCUCCUCUCCUUCGCUAAAGCAAGCAAAAGAGGAAGAGAAGGAUAAUUGCGUUUCUGGCGGCCACCCCGUGGGAUCAUGGGAUAUAUGACCUCAUCAUUCACCUGCGAGCCUCUUCACUGAGCAUAGACGUACAAUGGACACAGCAGUGGAGGCGGACCCCGCCCGCGACAUCGGUAGCCCCCCCGCAUCCCCCCUCCCUUGCAGCAGCGUGCCCACCCAGGAGAUUGACAAGGACAGCAAGCAGAGCCUUUGUCACCAGACGGCAGUGCAGAAAAAAGUCAAGGCCAAAGGCAAGCUUGUGCGCAGCAUGGCUGUGUGUGACGACAAGGAAGAACACCUUCAGGCGCCGACGUCCGAGAGCGCUUCCUGUCCGGAGGAGGAAGUGGAGAAGAGCAGCUCACCUGACAAAGAGAGCAGCGUGGAGUACCGCGACUCGACGGGCGUGGACCUUCAACGUUUCAUCGUUGACACGCUCAACAGCAACCCCAGAGACCGCAUGAUGAUGCUCAAGCUAGAGCAGGACAUGGUCACCUUCAUCAUGGGAGACAGCACGUUCAAGAAGUUCCCGCACAUGUCUUCGUACCAUCGCAUGCUGGUGCACCGCGUGGCCGCCUUCUUCGGCAUGGAGCACAACGUGGACCAGACGGGAAAGUCGGUCAUCAUCAACCGCACCAGCAGCACACGCAUACCGGAGCAACGUUUUCUGGACCAGGUUCAGGAGGACAAAGCCACAGAGAUCCCACACUGGAAAACUAUUUUGAAACGUGACAGCAGCUCAGACGAGCAGACGCGCCGCUACACUUUACGUGACAAGCAAAGUAAGUCAAUGGAGGAGCGAGAGGAAGAGUACCAAAAAGUGCGAGAGAGAAUCUUCAGCCAGGAGCCUCUUUGCACACGGGAGGGCGGCCACGUUGAGAGCAGGCCCUCCGAGGAAUGCAACGCAUACGCCGAGACCCAGAGGAGAAGGCAGCUCUUCAGGGGCAGUCGCGACAGCUCGGGCUCCAGCUGGACGGGCAGCAGCCGGCAAAGCAGCACAGAGACCGACUGUCGCUACGGCAACGAGCCCCGGCCGUGGAGCAGCACCGACUCGGAUUCGUCCUCGUACCAGUGGACUGCCGCCGCCGCCCCCAAGCCUCGCCCCCCGCAGGCCGCCAACUCCGGCUGGGAGCCUCACGGCACAGCAGGUUCCGUUUCUCUCUACAGAGUGUCCUCCGAGCCCCCCACUAUGGCCGAGCCUCCCGCCCACCCCGCCUUCAUCUUGGAGAACGGCAUCCCACCGGGAAGCAUCCUGGUCAACCCGCACACUGGACAGCCUUUCCUGAACCCUGAUGGAAGCCCUGUGGUGUACAACCCGCCUGGUGCUCAACAGCCAAUCAGAAGCCAGAUGCAGGGAGCGCCGGCACAGCAGCCACCACAGCAGGUGUACUCGUCCGUCUCAUACUCAGCCCCGCAGAUGUUGCCUGUGGCCCCCUCGCAGCAAUACCCCGCCGUGGAAGACCUGUCGCAGCAGUUUGCCCACGUGGCUGUCAGCUGUCAACCGGCGAGCGAGCCCGCGCCCCUUUACCCUCCCGCCCAAGGCUUUGUGUUCGCGGCACCGCCUCCGCCGCCGCCCCCGCCCCCUCCCGCUCCUCAUCAACCUCCCAACACCCACAGCUACUGCCAGCCCUCACCGCAGGGUCCUGCCUUCUACUACAGCCAGUAUCCUACCUCAGCUCAACACCCGGUCAAAGCCGCGUCACCUGGCUGCAGCGCAGGUUAUGCCCCCGUGGUGGGUGUCCCGCAGCAACAGUCGUACACAGCCGUGCCACCGCACCACUGUAGCAUUCUUCAGGGCGGUGUCUCUGUGUAUCAACCCGGUAAACUCGGCGAGGCGGGAUACUGCUGUAUGGUGGCACCGCCGCACCCCCACUGUGGUCCCGCCUGGACCACACAACACUGAUGACACACACAAACAUAUAAUCAUCCCACCGCAUGUUCCAACAAAGCACCUCACCUUAACGCACUGUACCAAAGCUUAAGUACAUCUAGACAUUUAUAUAUAUAUAUAUGUAGAAUUGAACACAAAGCUGCUGUAUUGACUGCAUAAUUUAUACUAUACACAAAAUGAGUUUUAUAUUGAUAUGAAAUUAUAUAUAUGUGAUUGAUGCCAAAAAAUGCUCUGUGUAUUCAAUAAACGCACAUGGCAAAGUCCC